ACCCUUCUCCUUGUUCUUAAUUCUUUCUUUCUGAUAUAAAGCCCCUUCAAGAGGCCGAAAGUCAUCGGCGAUUUUUCCCUUUCCUGCGCUCAAGAUCCUUAGUUACGGCUGCAGUUCCAGUUAUAUACACUCAAGAAAAAUCUGCCACCUCUCCUUCCUUUUUCCUUUUCAGGAAAUUUUAAAAAAAGAUCGAUUUUUUGCUGAUAGGUAUCAUUACCUGUUCCUUUUGUUAUGUUUCAGUGGGAAUUGGUGGGAUUUGCAAAGAAGUUUUCUUUGUAUGUUUCCAUCCCUCCACCUGGAAGACUUAUUAUGCUUUAUGUGUUGUUAAUCUAUGAAAUUGGAUGUAAUUUGAUCUGAUGAUUGUCCCCAAACCCUAGAAAAGAAAAUUUGUCAAUGGGAAGCUUUACAGAAUCAAUAAUUCAAGAAAGGGGAGAGUUUGCCAUCCGUAGGACAUGGCUACAUGUACCUGUUACAAAUAAAGAAAGAAAAUUAGUGAAUUAUUUCUUCCGAUACCAAACCUUUGUUAAGACCGUAAGCAUGUUAAAUAGGGUUGUUCGUUUAAGUUAAGGUUUUCUUUUUAAUAAAAAAUUGCUGUUCGUCUUUUUUGGAUGCUUAUGAUGUCUUUCUUCCUUUCGUAGCAACGCUGAUAUUCUUGCUUUCAGUAUUACUACUUCAUUGCUUUCCAUGACUGCUAGUCUUAUAUUAUCUUGUUCUUUAUUCAUUUCUAUUUUCUUGAUCGUUUUUCUAUGCUUUUGUUGUUCUAGAUUAUUAGGGUUGAUGUAAAUUGAAGUUCUUGAAGAGGAGAUGGUGCAGUUGUUUUUACAGAAACUGGCAUUGGAUGAAGGUGGGGAUAAAACUGCUGUGAAGGAGAGGUUAUCUCUUCUACAGAAACUUGAAUCAAUUAUCUGGUCAGUACUAACCUCUGAAGGCCGAUAUGAGGCUCGCCUAUGGCUUUGCAACACCAUCUCAUGCAUCCAUACUAUUACUCCUCAAGAUCAGCAUGAUCUCUUUAUGGACCUGUUGAGGUCUAGCUUGUCAAAGCAUGAUGUAGCUGCUCAACUCCUUCAAAUGAUUUUUGAGAAGAGACCAGAAAAGGCUGGGCAUGUCAUUGCAAAGAAAUGCUACAUGCUUGAGAAAUUUUUUGAAGGAAACCCAAGACACGUAUUGCAAUGGUUUGAUAAUUUUGCUGGUGCUAGUGAAUCAGGACAUACAAAAGGAGCUAGGGCAAUAUCUCAGUUUGCUUUUGUGAACCGGGACAUUUGCUGGGAGGAGCUCGAGUGGAAGGGGAAGCAUGGGCAAUCACCGGCAGUUGUUGCCACAAAGCCUCAUUACUUCCAGGAUCUUGAUGUUCUGCAGACUGUGGAAAAUUUUCUUGAAUAUGUACCUGACUUUUGGUCAUCUGAUGAGCUUGUUGAAUCAGUCAAAGAUGGUGAAAUUCUUCAGAUUGAUAAAAAAUAUUUUGUGGAUCAAUUUGUACAAAUGAUGUAUCGGGAGAAUUGUGAAGAUAUAUGGGCAGUCAUUGAAGAAUUUUUAAUGGAGGAGCAAUUCUCAUAUCUUUCUCAACAUCUCCUUAUUCAGCUUGAUGAGUGCAUGCUCCUUACUUUCUUGAAGUCCCUCAGUAAAUAUGUUUGUCAAAAUAUGCAGUGCAAGGAUUUUGCAUACCCUUCUUGUUGGCUUGAGAAUCUUUUGUCGGCAUGCGACAGUAACAUAUCUCUUGAUGAGAUUCUCCUAUUAAAUGCUGUUAUUGUUCGAGGCAGACAGCUUCUACGCCUCAUGGGUGAUGAAGAGCAUGGGGAUGAAAGGGGAAAAAUGGAAGAGCUUUUGCAAGCUGCCUCAGCUUUUAGUGAUGCUGAUCAUUGGGCCCUCAUGAAAGAAUGCAUACAGAUGAAGCAGCUGGCGGCAGUAAAAUGGAUUGGUCUUCAGUCAUGGGUUUUGUAUUAUUGUUUGUCAAAAGAAUGCAAAACUCCACAGGCAUGGGAGUUGUUGUUUAUUAGGAAUGGAAUAACUUUCCGCAAGGCUGAUGAUUAUUCAUUGCUACGAUCUGGUGAAUUUUCGGAAGGAUUUGAUUCAGAUGGUGGUGAUAUGGAUUCAUCUAGAGGUGGUCAUAAGAAGAGAAGGAGAGAAAGAAAGAAGAGGAAAAAAUAUGGGAAGGAUGAGAGCAUUCUUGAUGAGCUGGUGGAAUUUGAACCGUCAAAUGGAUGGCUAGGCUUGCAUUUAGGUGGGAGACGUUGGUUGCUUUCAACAGAUGGCUUUUCUUGUGUAUGGAACAUGGUGGAUAUACCUGAGCAUCUUUCUGCGCACUGUUUUAGAACAUGGAUGAAGUGGGUUUGCUCCAAGUGGCGGUUAUGACUCCAAAAAUUUGGAAUCAGUUAUUGCCUAACCAGCAGUAUGGCCACACCUCUAGGUCAAAUUCAACAUGCCUCUUGGAGUUCACAAAUACUGGCAUUAUCUGCUCGCCAAUUUUUAUACAAACCUGUACUAAAUGAAAUUUGAAGGACCAUAUUCCUUGUAAAGUAUUGGUGGUGCUGGGGCCUUGUGGCACACAUGCUUUUGCUGAUCCAUGGGAGUGCCUGCUUCAAUUCCAAGCAUCUUCUGUAUUGCUGUCUCAGCAUUCACUGGUCAUCAAGGCAUAUGUGUUGCUGUGGCCAUUUGUUGGGUUUGGAGCUGCAUCUUUAGAUCUUAUCUUUUGAACAUUUGUGGCGAUUAACUGCUCGGGCAUCAGCGUUCUCACUUCUGGAAUAUGAAAAGUUGGAGGUUCAAGUGAAGGAAGACAUCAUCACUCUGCAAAAGCAACGGAUAACAGUCUGAAGGCGAAAGUUGUAGUUCUACAAACAUACACAGCUUGUGCCUCCGGAAUGCAGUUGGUUUUUACCCACCUGUAUGAUUGUUUACUUCGAAUCAUUAUGUUAUCCUUCUUAGCCUUUUAGUGAAAUGGAUUGAUUGGGCUAUCUAGCACAACCAAAUUGAGAGGUCCCAUGAGGGGUUUGGUAGAUUCUGUUGUCAGCUCUAAGAAUGGAUCGUCUACUUUGCCAUUUCCUGAUGCCUGAAGUGAUUUGGAUAGCAUAUAUGAUAACACCUUUUUUCAGUCAUUGCGUUGCGUGACUUAUAAGAGAUUUUAAAUAUGCUGGAAAGAAAUAUAAUUUAGGACAA